AUGGUUGCGACUGCGCUUGCUGAUGGGAGGCAGCUGGCUUCAUGGACACCCGAGAAGGAGGCUAUGGUCAAGAAGGCCUUUUUUCAGAAGGACUACAUGUCCGAUGUGGAAGCAACCAUCACCGCAAAGCUAUCCACUUGGAAACUCCAACACCUGUGGAGUGAUUUGACCGAGACACCAGCGUCACCAGCAAAGGUGUUGAAUGCCCAGGAAAUCAUUGACAUGGAAGAGACUGCAAACGCAGCCAAAUUUCGAGAGGUGAGGGCAAAGAUUGCCCAAGACACAGCAAUGAUGACAUCCUACAACUCCAAGAAGGCGGAGUUUGAAAGGAGGAUCCAUGUCGUGAACGUCAUGCGUGAGCGUGCGCAGAUGCAGAUAGGUGCUGAGCUCUGUGAGGCAUUCAUGGAGCGUAUUUGCCAUGUCUCCCUAAGUACACUACACAACCCUGUGGAAGCCAAGCUGGGCCAGAUUUACAAGACUCACGCCCUGGCCAAGAAGGUGCUGCCUCAAGACCUAGAGACUGUUCUCUACAUCGAUUGCAGCAAGAUGGGUGUGAUCAGCCAAUUGGAGGUGAACAUGGUGGGCGAGCUGGCCAACAAAGUGAUUUUCCGCAACCCCAUCCGCAAUCUGAAGGGCUCCAAUGGCAUUGCGCUGACCCAUCCAACUGCAUAUGACGCAUGUGUGGAGUUGGCUGGCCUUCAGCUAGGCUUUGCAGUGUCAGGCACGUCCUACCACGAAGCCAAUGAGAAGUGUGCGCAGCAGAUCGUGAAGGGACACUUGCUCCAGGCCUGGAAGAAAGGGACCGUACCGAUGGAUAAGCAGACACCGCGCUACAAGAGCCGGCCAGCGCCAGAGGACUUGCCCAAGGCUGCUGCUGCCCCAGAACUCAAAAUCUGCCAGCUUGUCAAUGGAGACAAGCUCGUCUUGCCAAAAGACAUUCGCCAGAUGUUCAUGUCAGACCCAAUCUGGGGAGUUCAGCAGGUUGCUGGGACUACCACUCAGCCAGCCAACCAGGGCAUGACCAAGACUGAGAAUGGUGGCAAUGGCACUCCCAAAGCCAAAGACGAGGUGAAGGAGGAGGACUUUGACUGGGCCGGAGCUUUUCCAGAUGCCCUGACAGUUUGGAGAAGAUCAAGGAGAAGUAUGGAGGCGAGAACAUCACUGAGAUCAGAACUCUUCAUUGGCGCUGGUGCCUGGGCCCCACUUGUUCCUGUUGGCCAAGGAAACCAUCCAGAUCAAAACGAAUGA